GUGUGCCGUGGUGGUGCUCGAAGUUCUGUUGGUCGGCAAGAGUCUAUGGCUGCUUGUUCAGAAACGCAAAUCAUUGAGAGACUUUGCAUGCAGAUGCCGCUAUUUCGUCUCGUGGUGGUCGCACGAUCAGAGCAAGUUCAGCCGGGAGGAACAGAGAGUCAUCAAUAGUCGGGUACGACAAGCCCGAGCGGUGCUGGCCGCCAGUGUGAACAACUAUUUCAUCGUCUUGUGGCUGCUGGUCUGUGUGCUGGCGCAGGUUAGCAUCUUUAGAGGAGUGUCCAGGUUCAUGUCGGCACAGUUCACAUGGCACAACGUAAUCUCUUUGGCUUUCUUCAGCGCUAGCUUCUUUGUUCCGUCGCUGCUGCGUCCCAGCACACUUGAUGUGUGGUAUGUUUGUGUCAUGAUCAUAGUUACAUCUCUGCUGGCACCCACGAUCACUUCACCAGCUCAGAGCCUCUUGGUGGUGGUGGUCUCAUCUGCCUUGGUUCGAAUUCCGGCGUUGCUUGGCUGUACCCGGCCAUGGUUAGUGCUUUCCUGCGAGAUAGGGUUGGCUGUCGUAUCUCGAAUGCGGGCAACCGACGACGCAGACAACAGUUUCGAGUCCAAUGCAGACGUCGGUGCGGCUCAGACCACUUUGUGGAGCUUGCUGCUCGUCUCGGCGGCGGCUUUGGCAGUGCAAAGAUCUUUGCAAAACCGAGAAGCUCAGGCCCUGCUGAUCAGUAACACUACAACUGAGCUGUCAGCGGCUACGUCUCUUCUCGAGCUUACUUGCGAUGCGGUGGUGGAGCUGGAUGGUGACUUACAGCUCACGGCUCCAGGUGCCGACAUCGCUUCUAUGCUGUUGAAGGAUCCGAGCUUGUCGCUGCAAGGCAAGUGCUUCACAGAGUUUGUCGCGACAAGCGACGAGGCAGAGCGGGCAGAACAGCUCCUGAGGGGCUCCGACAAAGGUGUCCACACGCGGGCUUUCCACACACGGCUGGUCGACAGCUGUUCCAGCAAGUUCCGCACGGAGGUCUUCCACGUGAGCUACAGCCGACUGGGUGGACAGACUCGCCAUUUGCUGGGUUUGCGCGACUUUACGGAUCAAGCCUCACUUGCAGGGCGCAGAGCCGUGGACAGCACUGUGGCCCGAGGAGCAUUUGAGCUUGAGCCACACCAGGGCCAAGGCAAUGGGAAAGAUCUGCAUAGCUUGCAGAGCCGAUCUGAAGCACAGGUGAACCGACUAGAAGACACUCGCCACCUCGUCUUCGUGCAGAUCGACAUGGACAGCUUGCAAGUUGUCACGGCAUCAGUUCGCACCCCGUUCUUCGUCGGCAAGCCUUUGGACGAGAUCUUUGGUGAGGCAGAGAUGAACUUCUUCCAGCAGGUCUGGCAGCAGGUGCAUGUUCUUGACCAGCGCAACGAGCUUGCGACCAAAGAGCUCACCGUCACGUCUUUGUACCUGCUGUGGAAGUCUCAGGAGGAGGUCUGCGUUUCUGGACGUAUCGAGGUCACGAAGCAGUCUGAUGGCCGGCUUGGCUUCUUGUUCUGCUUUGAAGAGCCUGAUGCAGAGCGAUCGGCAGCAUCGACGUAUGCUGUGACAGCGCUUGAAGUGAUGUUGCUCGGGAAGAUUCUGUGGAUGGCAGGGCAGAGACGCCAAUCGCUGAUGGCGUUUUGGCGGAGAUGCCGAAGUUGCACCUCAUGGUGCUCACCCGACCAUAGCAAGUUCAGCCAAGAGGAAGUGAGAGUGAUCAAGAGCCGGGUACGACAAGCCCGUGCUGAGCUGGCAGUCAGUGUGAACAGUUACUUGUUAGCUUGCUGGGGUUUUGCUUGCUUGACGGUUCAGGUCAAUAUGUCUCUAGGCUCUCCGAGAUGGAUGUCACCGCAGUUCAGUUGGCUUUGCGCCAUUCACCUCUGCUUUUUUGGUGUUGGCUUCCUUGCUCCACACGUGCUGCGACCAGGCACGCUUGAUAUGUGGUAUUUGUGCGUCGUGAUGUUGAUCGCCUUGACAAUUUCGCCCAUGGCUACGACGAAGGUGCAGAGCACUCAGGUGGCCAUGGCCUCAUUUGCAGUAGUCCGGGUGCCUGCCGUUCUGGUUUGCACAAGGCCAUGGUUAGUAAUCGUUUGCGAGAUGAGCCUGGCGGCUAUAACUCAAGUGCGGGCCUUGAAUGGUGCUUAUUCGGCUGAGAGCUACACCAGUUACGAGUCCUCCCAACUCAAUCUCGGUCAGACCACUUUGUGGAGCUUCAUGCUUGUGUGUCUGGCAUCCAUAGCAGUCGAGCGAUCGUGGCACAGCCGGGAAGCGCAGGGUUUGCUGAUUAGCAACGCGACAACGGAGCUGUCAGCGGCUACGUCUCUUCUCGAGCUUACUUGCGAUGCGGUGGUGGAGCUCGAUGGAGACUUACAGCUCACGGCUCCAGGUGCCGACAUCGCUUCUCUGCUGUUGAAGGAUCCGAGCUUGUCGCUGCAAGGCAAGUGCUUCACAGAGUUUGUCGCGACAAGCGACGAGGCAGAGCGGGCAGAACAGCUCCUGAGGGGCUCCGAUCAAGGUGUCCACACGGGAGCUUUCCACACACGGCUGGUCGACAGCUGUUCCAGCAAGUUCCGCACGGAGGUCUUCCACGUGAGCUACAGCCGACUGGCUGGACAGACUCGCCAUCUGCUGGGUUUGCGCGACUUUACGGAUCAAGCCUCACUUGCAGGGCGCAGAGCCGUGGACAGCACUGUGGCCCGAGGAGCAUUUGAGCUUGAGCCACACGAGGGCCAAGGCAAUGGGAAAGAUCUGCAUAGCUUGCAGAGCCGAUUUGAAGCACAGGUGAACCGACUAGAAGACACUCAACACCUUGUCUUCGUGCAGAUCGACAUGGACAGCUUGCAAGUUGUCACGGCAUCAGUUCGCACCCCAUUCUUUGCAGGCAAGCCUUUGGACGAGAUCUUUGGUGAGGCAGAGAUGAACUUCUUCCAGCAAGUUUGGCAGCAGGUGCAAGUUCUUGACCAGCGCAACGAGCUGGCGACCAAAGAACUCACCGUCACCUCUUUGUACCUGCAAUGGGGGUUCAAGGAGGUCUGCGUUUCGGGGCGCAUCGAGGUCACGAAGCAGUCGGAUGGCCGGCUUGGCUUCUUGUUCUGCUUUGAAGAGCCUGAUGUAGAGCGAUCGGCAGCAUCGACGCCCCGUUCCCAAACGCGGUCGAGACCUUCGUCCCGGUCUUCGCGGCGAAGCACCCCUCGUGGUCACUCAAUGAGCUCGGGGCUCAAAAGGUGGCGUGCAGAGAACGCACUGUCUUUGUGA